AGCUGUCUGAAGAUUUUGCCUGAGUAAAAACACAGGACUUCAUAACUUAAACCGUUUGCGUUGUCUUUUUAACCUGCAGUGAGUUUGUUUAUAUGGAUUAACAACAUGCACGGUGACACUUUUUAAUCAUUAAAGUUACUCCUGAUACAUUAACCCCUGAUGCCGAUGUGUUUACGUGGUCAAACCAGCUGCAAGCGACUGAUUUGUCUCUUGACAUCUGCCAUAUUUGCUGCCUCUGAUAAUCGGACGCGCACAACCAUCUAGCAGAGCGCUACUGACAACAGAGCGUGCAUUGUAGCUGCUGAAAUGAUCCACAGCCUGUUCCUGAUUAAUAACACGGGGGACAUCUUCCUGGAGAAACACUGGAAGAGUGUCAUCAGCAGGAGUGUGUGCGACUAUUUCUUCGAGGCUAAAGACAAAGCAGGCGACCCGGAGAAUGUGCCCCCCGUUCUGCAGACCCCACAUCACUACCUCAUCAGUGUCUACAGGGGCAAGAUCUUCCUCCUGUCAGUCAUCCAGUCUGAAGUGCCCCCUCUUUUUGUCAUUGAGUUUCUACACAGAGUGGCAGAUACGAUUCAGGACUAUUUUGGAGAAUGUUCAGAAAAUGUGAUUAAGGACAACUUGGUCAUUGUUUAUGAGCUGUUAGAAGAAAUGCUUGACAAUGGCUUCCCGCUGGCAACAGAGUCCAAUGUCCUCAAAGAGAUGAUCAGACCUCCAAACAUCCUUCGAUCAGUCGUCAAUACGCUCACAGGAAGCAGUAAUGUUGGAGAUACACUGCCAACAGGACAACUUUCUAAUGUCCCAUGGAGGCGCGCUGGUGUGAAAUACACUAACAACGAGGCAUAUUUUGACGUAAUAGAGGAAAUAGAUACCAUUAUUGACAAAUCAGGUACUACAGUUUUUGCUGAAAUCCAGGGUGUAAUUGAAGCUUGCGUGCGGCUCUCUGGUAUGCCCGACUUGACUUUGUCUUUUAUGAAUCCCCGUCUCCUUGAUGAUGUUAGUUUCCACCCCUGUGUUCGGUUUAAGCGCUGGGAGGCAGAGCGUGUACUUUCUUUCAUUCCACCUGAUGGAAACUUCACUCUGAUGUCCUACCACGUCAACUCACAAAAUUUAGUAGCCAUUCCUGUGUAUGUGAAGCAGAACAUCAACUUUUUUGACUCUGGAUCCUGUGGGCGUCUGGACAUCACCAUUGGACCCAAACAAACUAUGGGAAAAAUGGUUGAGUCUUUAUCUGUUACUAUACCUAUGCCCAAGACUGUGCUCAGUGCCAACCUCACAGCCACACAAGGAAGCUACACUUUUGACCUUGCUACAAAGAUACUGAUCUGGGACGUUGGAAAACUCAAUCCCCAGAAGCUCCCUAAUUUAAAGGGAACUUUGAGCAUGCAGUCAGGGGUCCCUAAACCAGAAGAGAACCCUUCACUCAGCAUUGGGUUGAAGAUCCAGCAGCUGGCCAUAUCAGGCCUUAAAGUUAAUCGUUUGGACAUGUAUGGAGAAAAGUACAAGCCUUUCAAAGGAGUCAAGUAUGUGACCAAGGCGGGAAAAUUUCAAGUCCGGACAUGAGUCAACAGUCCAAUAUGCCAAAUUAAUCUUAAAUUUUACAUAUCCUACAGAAAGUUGUUAUUGAAAAAUGCUCCAGUAUACUUUAUUUAUUGUUUUUCUAUAUUGUGUUGUGAUAUGUAAAGGGAAGCCUUAACCAGUUUAACUCUUUAAUGUAAUAAGUGCUAUUAAUUGCCAACAGUUUCAUGGAUAACAGUGUUAGCCAAGGGAACGAUUGAAUAUGAAGAGGUACACCUGCGGUCUUAAACAAAAUCAUCAUCAUCACUUCAGUCUUUUAUACAUACAGUAGAUAUAGUAGAUAUUUUUAUUACUAAUGGAUUCUCUAUAUAAGUCUCAGUGCAAUGUCUUUAUUGCAGGCAUUUUUGUACAAAUUUUCUAAAAGGUUAGAGAAGUUGAGAAAAUCUAUCAAGGUAGACAAUCUACACUACUGGACAAUCUUAAUGCCUUGCUUAAGAAAUAUCUUUGCCAAAGUUAUUGCUCUAAUUUCAGUUUACCAUUACGAUUCGGGGCUUACCAUGGUUAAACAGUAUGAUAAUCUGCCUACUACAAACAGGCACUAUCUGUAUAAUAUGACGUUUGCAUGUUCUUUGCACAAACAGAUGUCUAUGUGAAGAAUUCUACAUUUAGUUUGUGUAAUUUUGUGUUCUGCUGCCACAGGUGCUUUAUAAAACAUGCAAAAUUGUUUAAUUCACAAUGACAGAAAUAAACACACUUAUAUUGUUUUA